AUGUUGUUCCAUCACAAGCUCAGAUCAUCCUCCUCCCCGAGCCUCCUCUUCUGCUGCUUCCAUGAUGGCCACGCCCCCGCCGCCGCCGCCUACCACGAGACCGCCUCCUCGGACUGCGACGAUGGUGGCCACCCCCGCAAUGUCCACUCGGCGGCCCUGGAGCUGCCGCUGUCGGAGAUCCGGUACAGAUGCCGCAGCCUCAUCGCUCGGAUCGGGAGGUGCCGGUGGAGGCCGGGCCACGCUGCGGCGGCCUCCUCGGAGUUCGGAUACGACCCGAUGAGCUACGCGCUCAACUUCGAGGACGAUCGGAGCCGGGAGUCGGACGAGGAGUUCCCAGCAAGGAACUUUUCGGCGAGGCUGCCACUGUCUCCGGAUCGGUUGUUGCCGGUGAACUCGUAG